UAAGACUCUAUGGCAGAGAUGAUAGUACAUAUUCACGUGUUCUUACUUUAAAUGACUAUCCAGGCUCACCAAAGAUGGCACUCGGCAGGGUCAGAAUACUGUUGUCAACACAAGCUCAUUUCGUGGACCGUCGGAAAUCAUCGAAUUGACAGAUAGUGAUACCCAUGAUACAUCCUCCGAAUUUCCGGACAAAUUAACUGAUCUCGUCAAGAGCCCUGCAAAAAUGCCGAGGAAACCUGUGGCUCAGCGCCCGAAAGAUUUCCUGUCACUUUAUGCUGACGACAGCGAUGCAGACGAUGGUUCCAUUCUCAUUCUAAACGAGCCUCGAAGUGCACGCAAACUCAUUCGUCGUGCUCAGAUAUCCACUGUCAACGAAACCAUUCCUUCCUUCCCGAUUACUCGCUGUGACGAUGAGUCAUUUCACUCGCAUUUCUCUGGAGAGGAUAAGAGGCAGUUUAGCACUCCUCGGAAAAUCUCGGGCAGCAUAACGCCACGAAUAAAUAAGCCAUCCCCUAGGAUCCCCACGCGGGGAAAAGCAGAGGAGCAAGCAUGUCGCGAGAAAUAUGCUGCACAGCUCUUCGAAGAGCUUAAUAGUACGAUAUUCAAUAACGGUCUUCCCCGAGAAACGAAGUUGAAUUGGAACAAGCGCCUCUUAACCACCGCGGGAAGGGCCAAGUGGCACAGGUCUAGGGAUGGUGCUCAGACGACAGAGAUUGAGCUGGCUGCCAAGAUUUUGGAUUGUGAUGAACGGAUACGAAAUACUUUGUCGCAUGAGAUGUGUCAUCUGGCAUGCUGGAUCAUCAAUGAGAACCCGAAAGAAGGUCAUGGCCAAGCUUUCAAAGCCUGGGCCAACAAAGUGAUGAUCAAGCGUCCAGAGAUCGAAAUCACGACAAGGCACAACUAUGAGAUUUCAUACCCAUUUGAAUGGAAAUGCGAAAAGUGUUCAAAAGUAUAUGGGCGAUAUAGCAAAUCCAUCAGACCAGAUGAAUGCGUUUGUGGCGUUUGUAAGGUCGGAAAACUCAUCCCCCUCUUCGUGCAAAGAGCACCCAGGACCCCUAAGGUCUGCAAGAUGGCAAAGGCUCUGCCUCAAGGUUCCCCUCGUCCUGUCGCGGCUCUGGAGGAAACCAGGCAAACACCGGCUGACAGCACGGUGUAUGUCAUAUCAUCAGAGGAUGAGGUGGAUAUAUUGAUCGGUGUCAUCCACGAUAUGACCUUGCACGAUGGCGAAACUCCACUACAAGCUAUGUAGUCCGUCAUUUAGCCCAUGGUGAUCUACCCAUCGAUUUAUUGGACUGGUGACCAGAUGAAUACUUUAGUGACUGUAAGGAUAGACUAAAAAUACAAAACCGAUUUGCUACAACAGGACCUUGAAACACACCCAUCUACGAAUAUCAGAGAUUUACUCGUCCAAUCUUCACAGGUAGCCGCGUGCCGAAUUCAAAUUGAUCGUACACGUAGGGCCGCGUCAGAAUCGCGUUAAAAUUUUGUAUAUCUGUAGCAGGCUCGAAAACAAAAUGAGGGAUGAGAGACGCCAGGAAUAUCUUGGUUUCCAACAUCGAGAACUUCCAGCCUGGACAAGCAUGUGGACCGAAUGAGAACGUCAUCAAGUUCGCGAUUCCUGGAUGAGAGGGAGCUCGUGCAGGGUGAGGCAGAGAAGACCAACGAUCAGGGCUGCAAGGUUGUCAGCAA